GAGUGGCAACCCUGUGUAACCUCCAUGUCCAAAGUUAUUGUUAUUUUAUUUACUUAGAGUAACUUGGAGCUUUGAUAUUUGAUACUGUGGCCACAGUAAAUCAGUCAAAUAAAGAAUUUCUUCUAUUGAAAAGAAACUAAGUUAAAUAUGCUGAUUGGAACAAUUCAACAUUAUGGAGAAAGAACUGUCUAACAAAGUAUCCUAUAUAGAUUUUUCUCUGAUUUGUCGAACUUGUUUGAGUAAAGUUAAUUUGAAGCCUUUGGAAGAAAUUCCUUUUGGGGAUUUAUUGAAAUCCUUAACAGAUAUUCAGAUCGAACCCGAUGAUGGAUUGCCAGGGAAUAUUUGUUACAGCUGCAUUAACAAACUCGAGGAAAUAUCUACAUUCAUUACUGUUUCAAAAAAUAAUGAUCAGUAUCUCAAACAUAUUGUUCAGGUACCUAAAACUGAUGAAGUACAUUAUGUUGAAGAAACAGAACAAGCAAAUUUGAACUCUGAUAUUAAAGAUGAUCUUGAUGAUUCAGAAGUUUAUGAAGAAUUUUCGGAAGAUGUGAAGACUGAAGAAAACAGUUCUGAAUCACUGAAGGAGAAAAGAGUACCUUGCGAAAUUGAUGAAGGUGAAAAAUCCAAAGACUCUAGUGAGAAACAAGAAAUAUUAUGCAGUGUAUGUAGCACAAACUUUUCAACAAAAAAAUUGUUUGAAGAACAUCAAAGAACCAAUGUUAGCUGUAAAAUAAAACAGUUCAAUUGUAAUGACUGCCAUAAAGCAUUUUUUUCGAAAUUCAGACUGAAUUCGCAUAUGAGAACUCAUACAAAAGAAACACCAUAUGAAUGCAAAGACUGUCUUAGGAAGUUUCGCCAAGCUUCUAAUCUUAAGCGGCACAUUGAUAUUAUUCAUAAAGGAUUGAAACCAUUCAAGUGUGAGGUUUGUGGGAAAGAAUUUGCUACCCUCCUGAGAAUAACCGAGCACGCGAGAAUUCACACAGGAGAACGUCCACACAUCUGCAGUUAUUGUGGAGAAAGUUUCAAGAAAUACUCCACCCGUUCUGCCCAUGAAUUGCGCCACAAAGUAAAAAAUGGUGAAAUUCCAAAGAGCGACAAGAUUCCCAAAAGGUACCCCCGCAAACAACCUUCGGACCCAGAAGAGUUGAAAUGCAACAUUUGCAAGAAAAUAUUUUCUUCCAAGCAAGCGGUGGUUGUCCAUAAGCAGAUACACCUAGGCGAAAAAUCUUUCUUGUGUACAGUGUGCGGAAAGGGCUUCAUGCGCAAGAGCCAUCUGGAUGUACAUCUGAGAAUCCACACCGGGGAGAGACCAUUCGAGUGCGGAGAGUGUGGAAAACGCUUCAGACAAGCCACAUGUUUCCGGAACCAUCUUCUGAUACACAAAGGCCAAAAGUCUUUCAAGUGUGAUGUGUGUGAAAGAACUUUCGUGCAGAUCGGACAUUUGCAAAGUCAUCUCAAAACUCACACGGGCGAAAAACCUUACAGGUGUAUGUUUUGCGGAAAGGAGUUUGCGCAGAAUGGAAAUUUGAAAGCACACACUAGAACUCAUACAGGAGAGCGGCCUUACAGGUGUACAGUUUGCUCUUCAGGCUUUCAUGACUUGCCUGGCCUCAAGAAACAUUUGAAGAGCCACAAGGUGAAAGUAGAGGACAUGUCACAUAAAUUACAGGUUAUAAAAAAUGAUACGUAAUGAUUGAUUUUUGUGUGAGUGACCACGGCUUUUUCUUUUUGUAAAGAGGUUAAAUCUGUUGCAAGAAAUUUUUGAACAAUAUAAAUUUACAUAUA